AUGGCGGAACAGACGGCUUUAGAGUUAAUUGCUGAAGCUUCGGAAUUGUUGUUUAAGAUCCAUCCUGAUCUGCUGUCUAUUAAUAAAACUCUGCCUGAACUCUCUCCGGUCACUUUCAGCCAACUUGUUCCGAUCACAUCCGAACAGCUACUAACUGCUGUGGGUCGAGAUGCUAACGACCAAAUGUUGCCACUAGCAUAUGCAAUAGUAGAAGUUGAGAACAAGGACACUUGGACAUGGUUUUUGGAGCUGUUGAUUGAAGACUUAGGUGGUCCAGAUGUGUGUUCUGGUAUGACAAUCAUGUCAGAUCAACAGAAGGGUCUAAGACAAGCAGUUCAAGAUGUUUUUCCUGGAGUUGCACAAAGAUUUUNUGUAAGGCAUUUAUAUGCCAACUUNAGGAAGAAAUUUCCUGGAAAGAAUCUGAAAAAGCUCAUGUGGAGGGCAGCUUUGGCUACUCACCCACAACAAUGGGAGAAUAUCAUGAGAAGCAUCAAAGAGGUGAAUGAAGAUGCUUUUCGACACCUCAUGAUCCUUCCUCCAAGGUUUUGGUCUAGAUCAAGGUUCACAAGCACANCUACAUGUGAUACCUUGGUCAAUAAUAUGUCAGAAGCAUUCAAUAGUGUUCUGGUCAAUACAAGGACNAAACCUAUCAUCACAAUGUUGGAGGAAAUCAGACUAUACAUGAUGAAGAGCUGGUCUGCACAUAGACUGUUUGAAGUCCGCCAUGUGUCCCAAACUGGAGACAACUUCGUGGUGGAUAUAGAUCAAUAUUCAUGNUCAUGNAGGAAAUGGAGCAUCUCGGGAAUACCUUGUGCACAUGCAUUGGCUGCAAUGAAGUUACUCAACAUAGACCCACAACAACACAUACCUGCUUGCUUUACAAAGUCAGCCUAUGAGGAAAUUUAUUCCUCUGUUAUUUUUCCCAUCAAUGGAAACAAUCUCUGGGAGGUAACCGAAUGGCCAGAUGUGAUGCCUCCAUCAAAAAGACAGAUGCCUGGACGUCCAAAGAAGAAGAGGAGGUUAGAGCAAUGGGAGUUGCAGAAAAGUAACACCAGAAUGUCAAAAGGAGGAUUACUCAAGAGAUGUGGCGUGUGUAGGGAACCUGGUCACAACAAGAAAAACUGUCCCCAGAAAAACCAAGCACANGAACAUGGACAACAACCCACUUCAUUGGCUGAGGAUCAACCAGAUAGCUCACAACCAGUUCAGAACUAA